GUAGCCUGCAGACCCGGAGUUGCGUUUAAAUGAGCGACAGAGAGUUCUGAAUCCCUGCUGUGUCAGUGGCCGUGGAGGAUUGUGAUUUGUACCUGUUGAGAUCCUCCCUCUGUGUGGGGCUGUGUUACAGGGAGCUCGCUGUGGUUUUCUAAGUAUUGAACAGCCUAUUUUCAACCCUCGGGUCACUUCCCAAGACUGAUCUUACCUGAGAAGGAAGACCAGAGGAGAAGGAAAGCAAGGAGUCAGAAAUGACUCGUUCCCAGGGACAGCUGACCUUCCGGGAUGUGGCCAUAGACUUCACUCAAGAGGAGUGGGAAUGCCUGGACCUCAGUCAGCAGGAAUUGUACAGGGACGUGAUGUUCGAGAAUUACGGGAGCCUGGCCUUCUUGGGGCUUGUCUCUAAGCUGGACCUGGUCGCCUUUCUGGAGCAAUUGAAGGCUCCCAGGAAUAUAAGGAGAAUGGAGACAACAACCAGUUACCCAGCUAUGACUCCACAAGACACCCAGGAUUUGAUGCCGAAGAAUCCAACGUUAGAAGAUGUAUUCCCAAAAGCAAACUUAGGAAUAUGUCAACUAUUUCACCUCAGAACCUUAAAUUUAAUGAAAGCCUGGGAAUAUACGAGAGUAUAUGAAAGACAGAGGGGAUGCUUACAUGGACAUAAAGAAAUGGAGACAGUUACACAGAAUGCUAACAUUACUGCAAAAAGAAAUGAGCAAUGUGAGUCAAAUUGGGAAAAACACCCACUUCAGUCUUCAACAUCUGCCGAGACAUGUAAGUGUUUAAGAAAAGAUUUCCAUCCCUUUUUGAAACAUACAUGUUCUCUAAAAGUAAACCUGGAAAAUCUGGAAGGUAAUCUAGUCUCUACUGCAAAUCCUCAUUCAGACAAUUCUGAACUUAGGCUUCGACUAAACAUACAUUCAAGCAUGUCUGAACACCUACAAUUUAACAGUGAGUGGGAAAACACACAGUCUAAUCAUUUUGAGAGAUCCGUGAGCAGGGGGUCAUUUUUCUUCCCCCAACAGAUAUUUUCUCUCCAUUCCAAGAUAUAUCAUGUUGAUGAUAAUGGAAGAGAUGCAACCCAACCAUCAUUGUUCAAUACAUAUUGUGAUGUGGUUAAUACACAGCAAUGUUGCAUGUGCAAUAAAAUGAGUCAGACCUUAAGUAAGAGCUCCAGCUCCAAUAAUUACAAGAGUAUUUUUGAUGGACUGAGAAGGUAUUCAGGCAAUGAGCCUGGGUAUACGGUUGAAGGAGACUCCAACCUUAAGAAUCAUCUGGGACCCAAAUCUUCAAUGAAGGAUUCUAAACGUCAUAAAUGUAGAAAUGCCUUUGAUCAAAUGUCAGGUUUUUCUCUCGAUAAGAGUACUUGUACUGAAGAGAGGACUUGUACUGAAUAUGGUAAGGUUUCUAGUCAGUCUUCAGAACUUAUUAAACCGCAGACUGUUCAGAAUCCACAGAAAGAAAACAAGUGUAAGAUAUGUGGGAAAGUGUUUAGUAAGCCAUCCAAUCUAAAUAAACAUAGGGAAAUUCAUACAGGAAGGAAACCUUUCCAAUGUACAGAAUGUAGCAAAGCGUUUACAAGUCACUCAGUUCUUACUCAACAUCAGGGAAUUCAUACUGGAGAGAAACCUUACACAUGUACAGAAUGUAGCAAAGCCUUUACUUACAAUUCAAGUCUUAUUCAACAUGGGCGGAUUCAUACUGGAGAGAAACAUAAAUGUACAGAAUGUAGCAAAGCCUUUGCUGUUACUCACAACGAAUGGAUCGGAUCAUCACGAAUUCAUUCUGGGGAGAGACCUUAUAAAUGUAAAGAAUGUAACAAAGCCUUUAUCCAUCGCUCACAUCUUACCCAACAUCAGCGAAUUCAUACUGGAGAGAAAGCUUAUUGUGCAGAGUGUGGCCAAACCUUUAUUUGUCACUCAGAGUUAAUUGUACAUCAUCGAAUCCAUAUUGGGGAGAAAGUGUACAAAUGUAAAGAAUGUGGCAAGGCCUUUAUUACAAAUUCGGCCCUUACUCAACAUCACCAAAUUCAUACCGGGGAUAGACGUUAUAAAUGUAGAGAAUGUGGCAAGGCUUUUAUUAAGGAGGCCAAGAAUCCAGGCGUCUUUCAUGGUUCCGCAGCAGUCUUUCAUCUUGGGCGCUCGUCCGGGAUUCUUCAGGACAAGAGGGGUCUCAGGUACGAUGAGUGUGAGGCCUUGAGUUCAGGAUUCCUGAACGUUGGUGUGGGGGAAGAAACAUCAGAAGAAAUGGAAUUUGCUGAUGACUCCAUUCAUGGCCCCACUGUAGACCUGCAGAUUCAUAAGUUCCUAGCGUGGGGACCUGACCACCAGGAAUUUCUAUUCAUUGAAAUGGUUCAGAAAGAAUAUUUAGGCGAGAGGUCUCUGAACCUGGGUGAACCAAAGGCUGCGAUUCAGAAGCUACCAGUUAUUUCCUAUUUGGUAAGUGCUGACGAGCUGGGGCAGGUCGGGGGUGGGCCCCAGCACAGCCGGUGCCACACCCAUUGCCAGACAGUCCACCUCCCUCCCUGUCCCCCGCACCACCUCACGAGCAAGACUCCAGCCCCGAGCAAGGAGGGACACAGCUCCGCUCAGCCAAACAGUCUAACCAGCUGGGCCUACAUGGGCAACUGUCGCCAGCUCCUCAUGUCUUCCUUCAGCACUGGGGAAAGGCGACGCAUCUCGACAGAAGCCCAAAAUGGCUCGGAGGACAAGCCCCUGCAGAGGUCUUAG